AUGGAAAAUUGUCAAAUUUCCACCAGCGGAAAAAUUGAUUUAGAUUUGAUUUCAGAAAAAAAUGGUGAUGAAAAUAUAAAUGAUUCAGAGAGAAAGACGAGUGGCAGAAAAAUCAAGGACUUCGAUCAAAAAGACGAAAAACUCAGAUUAGGUUUGUUGAAUAUAAGGUCAAUUAUAAAAAAAUCUGAUGAUGUGAAUGAAAUAAUUAGAGAUAAAAUUGAUGUUCUUAUUUUAACUGAAACCUGGCAUAGAUCUCACGACGAAAUAUCUGUUUUAUCUGCUAAACCUGCAGGGUACAGUUAUGUGAAUUACCUUAGACCAUAUGAUGCUAAUCAUGGAGGAUUAAUAAUUUACUUUAGGUCAAUUUUUAAAUUUAGAAGACUGGAACUACCACAACUAAAUACUUUUGAAGCCAUCGCAAUAAAAAUUAUAUGCAAUCGGAACGACUACUUAUUCCUGGCCAUCUACAGACCUGGGUCUUUGCCUGUCACUCCUAUGUUUUUUAAGGAACUGUCAUCUGUUCUGGAGAGUUUGACAAUAUUAACUUCCAAUUUAGAUGUUGCAGGUGGCAUAUUAGACCUGAUUGCCAUUCCUUGUGAUAUUCUUGUCUCUGAAACUCAAGUUUUUCCAAGUGGAAUUUAUUCCGAUCAUGGCCUAGUUAAACUUUUGAAAGUUUACAAUUGA